AUGAGUGAGGAUGGAGGUCACAGCGAUGAUGGAGACAGCGACGGUGACAACGAUGAUCAGGACGGCGUCCUGGAGGACCUGAUAGGGCUGGAGAAGGACGGGCGGCACGAUGAGAAGCGGCGGGCGGCGCUGCACACGGCGUGGCUGGAGCGGCAGGACGCGGCCGCCGUUGAGCAGCUCAUGCACGGGGUCAAGAACGGCUUCCGCCGCAAACGCAACGCCCUCGACGACGAGGGGGGCACCAACUACGAGGCGGCCCUGCGGCGCGCGGCGCUGAUGAACUCGGACGACGAGGCGGGGUCGGACGAGGGCGGCUCCGGGAGCGAGGAGGCCGGCAGCGAGGCAGCGGAUCCCUUUGAGAACAUCGACGCUCUGUCGGACGAGGAGGCCAAGGAGGAGCUGCGCGAGGCCCAGCAGCGCCGACUGAUGGAGGAGUCCCAGAAGGAGGAGGACAACAUUGUGACUCUGCUGGACGAUGAGUCGAGGGCGGUGCUGGGCCUGCUGCAGCGCGGCUCUUCCUCUACAGUGGCGCCUCCUCCUGUGCUCCCCCUGCGCCCCAGCUACCAGUCCGACCUCACCAACCGCCCUGCCAAGGGGUCAUUCCUGAAGCGGGGGUCUUCCAGCAAUCAGAUGGCCCUGCUGGCCAAGAGUGGCUCCCAGAUGGGCAACACCCGCUCCUUUAUCUUUGGCUGUGAAAACUCCAACUCGGGCACAGUAGCAGCAGACAGCCAAUCCCAGGGAGCUGGCUCGCAGGCGCCAAAGGCUGCGGGUCCCACAUCAUUUGCAGGGAUCCAUGUGGGGGGGAGCUCAGCUGCAGGCAUGAGGCCCAGCAAGGGCAGCAGCGCAGAGGGGCCAUCCAACCUGUUCGGCAUGCUCCACAACAAGAUGCACCGCAAGGCUGGCAGCUCUGCUGAGACAGAAAAGGACGCGGCCGCCCUGCAGAUGCAGUCCAUCAUGACGGGCAAGAAAGCAAAGCAUGCGCAAGCGCGCAAAUUCUGA